UUCCUAAUCCUUGGAGAGGAAAAGCCAGGGACUGAAGGAGCCUUUCAAACAGUUUUGUGGUUUGGCAAAAUGCCUCAAGCUUAACAAGGAGCUCUAGAUAAAGAAAAACGGAGAUGCCCAAUAGUGCAAUAAUGGACGCGGUGCACAGGUCGUAAAGCGGCCAGCUCCUACAUGGAAAAGGACACAGAGCGGGUUGAUGAUGACGGACGAGAGGUUGGCUGAUCCCCCGAACAGCUGCUAUAUUAUUUCUAGUACCAGAAUUAGUUAAAAGGGACAGGAUCAUUCCUAGUGUGGUAGUAUCAGAUAAUAUGGAUAGAUAAGGAUAAGGAGUAUAUUAGGAUGAAUAUGACAGAAAUUUGUGAAAUGAGAAAUAUAUGAACGAUUAAUGAUGAUAGGAGCUCACGUCUUGGAGUCCAGUAGGCGUCAAGGUUGGAUGUGGCAGGAGCCUGUACAAGUCUCAUCCUGAUUUGAUAGUACGAUAUUUUCUAAACAGCUCGUUCUGUAAAUAUUUGUAGACCCUAUCCAAUCAGGAAGACUUUAUUAUGCCAGUACUGUACAGUCACUGUCUUGUUUCUUCUUUUACUUAAUAGUAAGGGCUGAAUGAUACAGACAGGAGUUCGGUUUGAUCAUCCUAAUCAUGAUACCUAUUCCUUUCAGACUGUAGCACGAGCUUUGCGCGUUUUACUGCCUCUGCUGCACAAUCGAAAUCUCUUGUCUGAAUCAUCAACGCCUGGCCGUGUCGUGAGAUUCGUAAUUGUCAUCUCCGUGCGGAAAAGAAUGGCGAAUAAUUGGGGGUCUUAACGACCGUUGGCCCGAGUGGUCCUAGAUGGCCAUGGUUCGCGUGCCCCUAAUUGCUUCGUCCUGUUUCCGUCCAACCGGCAGACCCCUCUUCCAUUCUUCUCCAUGCUGUCGACCCUGCUGACACUCCUGGCCGCCGUGACGGCCCGCGACGCCCUCAUCACACGUCUGGGGCCGGUAAAAGGUGAUGUCGGCGUAUCCAGGGACGGGAGAACAUUCCGCAAGUUCCUCGGGGUCCCUUACGCCAAGCCUCCAACCGGGCGUAGGCGUUUUCAGGAUCCUGUGCCAGUCAAGCCGUGGUUUUUAACCAAGGAUUGCAGGAAGGUCAAACCGCCGUGCAUACAAUCGAACGGAAACGGUACGAUCGGAGUGGAAGAUUGCCUGUACUUGAACAUCUUCACGCCGAUCGUCAAACCCGAGGAGCGUUUUCCGGUCAUGGUUUACAUCCACGGAGGCUUUGGGCACGGGUCCGGAUUUGGUGCGUCCUCCGGAGAUUACCUCAUAGACGAGGAGAUAGUACUAAUCGACGUCCAGUACAGGCUUGGUGUCCUUGGUUUUCCAACUGUGGAGACUUUUCCUGCCAACCUGGGACUUAAGGAUCAAGCCAUGGCUCUGACCUGGGUCAGGGAGAACGUCGACUCAUUCGGAGGGGACGUGGACAACGUCACCGUCUUCGGCGGCGGUUCCGCGACCCAUCUUCACAUGCUAUUCAGCCAAGGAUUGAAAGGAGUCAUCUCGCAUGGAGGAGCGUUCGACCGGUUUCGUUUUAUAAGGUCAAACGGAAAAGGGGUUCCUGGAUGCAACCCAGACCCGAAGUUGACCAAAUGCCUUCAAAAGAUGACCCCAGGACAGGUGCAAAGUUCUGGCCUUAGCUUUGGCCCUUCAAUCGAAACGGACACCCCCGGGGCUUUCAUUAAGUCCGACCCUUUGGAACUUAAGCCCACCACACCUUGGAUCAUCGGUGUAUCUCGAUCUUCAUAUUUGCAAGAGGUCAUGGCGAAAGUGGACUUCGGGGAUGUUGCCCUGGCAAGGAUGAGGGCAAGACUCGGUGACCUGACCUCAUACUCGUCUUCCGCCGAUUUUCAACUUUACGCACUCGGUGACGCCCUGGUUAAGCACGCCGGGGCGAAGUACUUGUACAUGUACGACGGCUCGAUCGACCCGUUGGUUCUUGGAGCCGUAAAGGACGAAUCGGACGAGUCGACAUCCAGAUAUUUCGUCAGGCUUUGGUCCAAUUUCGCCAAAUACGGUGAGCCGGACGUCAACUACCGCCUUUGGACCGAAGGGUCAGCCGGCGACUAUCUCAAAAUCGGACCUUUCAGCCGUAUGGAAGAGGACUUCAACACCGACUCGAUAAAAUUCUGGUCAACAGUCUUUCCCCAAUCAUACCCACCGAAAUAAUACAAUGGAUAAUGUAUAAGAAACACAAAUAAAAAUGUUUUCAUCAUAGCUUGUGUUGGUGGAACGAAGUACGUCCCACUCUUGAUAUUCCUUUAGUAACAUCUAGCAGGAGCUCGAUUUAGAUUGCAUUGUCAUCCUGAUAUUCCAGCUAUUCAGAUCCUAUUAGGAAACUCAAUGGGGAAGUAAAUCUUAAUUCUGAUCAUAAUCCUGAUAUUUUUCUGUUUGAGGCUCAAAUUUUUCUCAUCAUAAUUUUGAUCAUUUUCCACUUCAAUACCUCAAAAGGACCUCAAAUCUCUUUCUUUCUUAACCUGGUACUUUUUGAAUAAGAUCUAGGAAGGAGCUCGGUUAGAAUUAUCCCAAUCUUGAUACUUCUUAUUAUAUGAUUUUGCUGGAGCUGGCCAAACAUGUUUAAAAAUCCUGCUACCUUUUUUUGGGUCAAAUGUCAAUAGGAGUUCGAAAAGGUAUACUACUUAACCUGAUAAUUUUUCAUGGCCUCAAUUCAGAGCCCAAAUUUCUUUUCUUUAUAAUCCUGAACCCUUCAUUUCAGAUUGUAACAGGAACAUUUCUCAAGUUUCUCUUAGUAGAUUUUGAACAGGAGUUCACGUCGAGUCAUCUUGAUACUCAUCCCGUUAAUAUAUCAAUUCAAGCUCGUUGAAUGUAUAAAUAUAUAAAUUCUACUCCUGUUGCUCCUUAUUGUCGAUCAAGAUUUAAGGCAGGAGUUCUCAUUCUUGUAAAUCCUGAUACUCUGCCUAA